UUUCUAAUCUUUAGUAAGGUUAUUGUACUUGUACUGCAUUUGUACUGCCAUCUCCCACGUGGUGUUUAUGGUUUUUGUGGAAUUUCUAGUGGAUACUCGGAACAGGUUGAAACUUGAAAAAAAAAGUUACCUGACAGUUUGUCAAAUCCUCUAAUGGUCGACGGACUGUGAUAUGGUUUUUGUAGAUAGAAUAUCUUAAUUCUUUGCUUUUAUACUUGAGAUGAACGUUGAAACUCAAAUAAAUACGAUAACUUCAUAAAUUCGCACCCGAAAUUGUGCCAGACAAUAUGAAAAGUCGAUUGUAUUGAAGAAUCACGUAGCGAUUGGAAGACUUGAAGCUGAGUUUUGGGUUUAAAUAACUUUUUGAUGAUAAGUCUGUGGAUUUUGUGGGUAGAGCGGUGAAGUUUGAAGAUGACUACGUCUUCCGAGGACGUAUUGCUCAGUGUUAGCUACGUGAGGUUCAAGAAGGGUGAUGGCACUUUGUAUGUUAUGAACCAAAGGUUAGCUUGGAUGUUAGAAAAUAGAGACACAGUUGCUGUAUCACAUAAAUAUGCUGACAUUAAAACACAAAAAAUAUCCCCAGCGGGCAAAGCAAAAGUUCAAUUACAAGUGGUGUUACACGAUGGGACAUGUUCUACGUUCCACUUCGUCAACCCUGCUGGUGCUGAAGCCCAGGCUAAAGAUAGGGAUCAAGUUAAAAUGCUGCUGCAAAACUUACUGCCAAAGUUUAAGAGACAGAUUGACGAAGAGCUGGAGAUGAAGUCAAAACUAUUAUCGUUACAUCCAACAUUGAAGCAUUUAUAUGAAGACUUGGUGAUAUCGAAGGUGAUAAAUAGUGAGGAAUACUGGAACACACCCACACUCAAAACGUAUACGGAAUCUAAUAAUAUCAAGCAGGAAGCUGGUGUGUCCGGAGCAUUUUUAGCGGAUAUACAGCCGCAAACGGACGGUUGUAACGGAUUGAAAUACAACCUUACUCAAGACAUAAUAGACGCUAUAUUUAAAACGUAUCCUGCUGUCAGAAAGAAACAUGUUGAUUAUGUACCGAAUAAAAUGACUGAAGCCGAGUUUUGGACUAAGUUUUUUCAGAGUCAUUAUUUUCACAGAGACCGCAUUGCCUCAUCGUCUAGUAAAGAUUUGUUUGGAGAAUGUGCCAAAUUGGAUGACCAGGCUAUUGCCUCAGCCAUGAAACAUACUACUCUAGAUCUCACAGUCGACCUCCCACAGUUCACGGAAAACAUCCCCCUACUACCGUCAGAAGAUGAAAUAGCGCCAGAGAAGGAGAAAGGAGACAAUGCAUCUAUACACAGAAACAUGAUCAAGCGGUUCAAUCAACAUUCUAUAAUGGUGCUCAAAGCUAGUCAUAAAACAAAUUCUAGUAAUAAUAAUAAUAACUCAAGUAGUAAAACGACAAAUAACAACAAAGUUGUCGAGAACGGUGUUAAAGAAUCGAAUGGAGUAGCAGAGAAGAGAACAGCAGAAGACAGUAGUACAGAAGCGCCGGACAAGAAGAAGAGAAUAUUAGAGAAGAUACAUUAUGAAGAUCUAGAAGAUAAGCCGGGUAAUGAGGAUGCACAGGAAUUGAAAUUGUCUAAGAUAGAAAGAUACCUCCUAGGACCGUCGAGUCAGUCCCAGCAAACACACACACAUACACACAACGCACCUCCUUUAUCAGCGCUCUCUUCGAUAUGUCAGGCAUGGUCAAGCGGGCAGCAAUGUCAGCGUCCGGUGCGAGUGAGUGCGAGCGCGUGUGUGGGCGCGCUCGGGGAGCUCAGUCCCGGCGGGGCACUCAUGAGGCAUCAUCAGGCCGCUUCUAUGGCGCAAUUAAUACCUCCAGACGUGAAAUCAGAGCUGCACCGUAUAUACCUGUCCGGUGGCGAGCUACUCAGGGAACUGUGGCGAUGUUUCCCACAGCCCGGCGCCGCCACGGACACAGAGGACGCCACAGCAAAAGCAGAGAAGUUCUACGAAGCACUGCUCAGAUUUAGGAAUGUUAAAUUGAGGCCUUUUGAGGAGAAAAUGCUCCGCGAAUUAACGCCGCUAGCAACAACGUUGACGCGGCAUAUGAAUCAAAUGAUAGACACAGCGUGCGCAAAGUACGCGGUCUGGCAACAACGCCAAGCCAAACUGCGGUAGUAGUAAGUUAUACUCGUGUACCGUCAGCAGAAUCAGUUCAAAAUUUAAAUAAAAAAUUGUUAUCGAUUUUUUUUAAUGCCAUGUUAAAUAAUUUGAAAUCUUGGAAUGAGGAAUUAAAUUGUAUUUUUUUAUUUUGGUCGUUUUCUUUUUUCAAAUUUUCUUUGUGGUUUAGAAAUAUGUAAACUGAGUUGUCCUAGUUUUGACAAUUUAUAGUGUUCAUAUUUAGUCAUUUUUCUCCUAAUGACUAGUUUUGAUGUUGCCUUAUAGAUUUAGAAAUACCUAUUAUCCUGUUUUAAUGAUUAAUUAUAAUUAUUUGGUGUAGUAUAACGAAUAAUGUAACAUAACAAAUAAAUGUUAGAAAUUAGUGUUGCUGUUGACACGCAAUUUACUCUACUCGCUGAUAUCAAAGACAAAUUAAAGAAAAAAGUGACACCUUAGUUAAUUUAUCAAAAAAUCUUUGAAAUAUCAAAAAAUAGCUGUAAAGUCCAAAUAACUAGCUAAUGACGUAGUGUUAGUGGUUCUACACUUGCUUCAAAAUAUACUCAUUGCAUUAUAAGAAUUAAAAAGUACUAAAGACUCGAAUACACGCUUUAUUACAUUUAAACAAAGCAAUAGUUAGAAAAUAAAUCAAUAUUUACGCUUCUCAACAGUUUCUGUGAUAAAUAAAUGAAAAUAUAAAUAAAGUUUUUCUGCUGACGGUAUAUUUUUUUAAUAAAUAAAUUAAUACGCGACCAAAUUGUGAAAAUUUCGUUUUAGGAACGUUUAGUGAUGUGACGAGAGACCGAAUGCAUAAUAACCUUUUUUAUUACCCGACUGUAAAAGAAGGAAUAUGUUUUUCUGUAACACACCUUUAGAACUGAAAUUCAUUUAGAAAAACAGACAAUAUUAUAUUAAAACGAAUGUGAUAAAUUACCUGAUAGUUCGGAUGAAUUUAAAUAAACUUUUAUUGUGAUUAUUAGCGUCUUAGAGCUUAUCCAUUGGAAUCUUAUCUACAUUUUUAAUUAAAGCGUAAUUAAGGAAAUAUUUUAGUUUCCCAAUUGUUUUGUCCUUUGAUAAAUACAGAUGUUAUAUUUACCCCUUACUUGCGAUUAGAUUAGAUGUAAAUAUUUGUAAACUGCGCACAAAAUUCAAUAUGAUCUGUUGCUCUAAGAAUCUCACGAUGAAGGUCCGUAAAUGUAAAGAAAUAUCAACGCAAUGCAUUAAAAAAAUGCUUUAUAAGUCCCGGUUACAGUUUGCGCUAUUGCGCAAACCGUUGCGCUAAAAUGCCAGUGUUGCGCAAACUAUUAGGGUAUUGCGCUAACUUCUUGGUAUGCAAACUUGUGAGAAUUUCAUUUUGCGCAAGUAACCAAUUAUAUCUAAACAUAUGAAUGCUUGUUAAUCAAAACUGCCCCUGUAAAUAGUUACUCCGUGUAUAAGACUGAAUUUUUACAAUCACUGUCCUUUUAAAUGUUUUAUUUAUAAUUUCUCGUCACAUCUUAACCGUAUUUGGCAAACAAAUUAUGUACAUAUGCCUGUCUUAUGUAUAAAUAAUAAUCUGUGAAUACCUAAAUCAUUUAGUUAUGUAAAUUGGGACUCUACGGACGUUUGGACUGUUGGAGAAGUGGUUUUGACUUCGUUCAACUAAAUUGUAUAGCUGAAAUUGGUCUUUAGUAGCAGUAUUCAUAUUGAUAUAAACAAGAUUUUUUUUUGGGAAUGAAUCUUGCGUGAUUUAAACCCUGUUUUCUACAAUAGAUAUGAUGUAGGUAUGAAAUUAAGAAUUUUGUCAUUUAUAAAUGAUGUUUAAAACCGUAUAGUUCUUUAAUAAAUUGCACUUUUUGCAAAGCAAUAAUAAAUGAUUAGUACAAAUAAAUAAAAACUACAUCACAAUCGUCUGAUCGUCCGUAUGAGAACCGCUUUAGUGUACGUAAUAAAAUAUAAUUUAGAAUGAAAAUAAAUGCAUUUUGAUGAACCAAAUCUAACUGAAUUAAUUAAAAAUCG